CGCCAUGACUGGGUCGGUCCCAGGCACAUCGCAACGCUCACCCUGAGGGAUCUGUGAGCGUGCCUCGGUUUCCGGGCGAGAAGAGGAAAUCACUCCGGGAACCCCAAACCCCUCCUUUGGAGCCAAAGCCUAGCUAGCGUCCCCGUCGCCACGGAGACAGGGCUGUCUGUGACGUCACUUCCGCCGGGCUGUCUGGACUCCAGACUGUUGAGGGGAAAACUGAGCAACAGCCACGACUGUGGACGCGAGCGUCUCCUGUGUGCGCAUGCGCCCGCUCAGCGGCCUGGUUCUAUUUAUGUGGGGGAUCCAACAUGGCGGCCGCGGCGACCCUGGCGAUGGUGGCGGAGCCCAUCAGAACGUAGUAGAAGGCGCGGGGACCGGGUCCGCGCUCACGGUGGCGUCCACGGAGACGGCUGGGGGUGCUGGAGGGAAGAAAAGUGACGGAGAGCGGAGGGGAAGGCGGGCAGGCACACCGUGCGGCGUCGAGGAGAGAGCCUCCGGCUCGAGCGAGCGCAGAGGGCCAGGACAGUGGGGAUGGCGGAGCCGCGCAGGGUCGCGUUCAUUAGCCUGUCACCGGUGAGGCGGCGCGAGGCCGACUUCGCGGGCGCCGAGCGCGAGCCCCCCCGGCUGGAGCCGCAGCCGUACCGCGAGCCGGCCCGGGCGGAGCCGGCCCCCCGCGCUGACGCGCAGCCCCCGGCGCGCGACAAGCCGCUCCCCCAGCGCGAGGUGAGCCGCGCCGAGCCGCCCAUGGCGCUGCAGCGCGAGCCCCCGCGGCCCGAGCCGCCGCCGCCGCUGCCGCCGCUGCUGCCGCCGCCGCUGCCCCUGCAGGCUCCCCCUCCGCGGGAGUCGGCUUCGCGGGUGGAGCCGCCGCCGCUGCCGCCGCGACCCCCGAAGGAGACGGUUCGCCUGGAGCUGGUGCUCAAGGACCCCACGGACGAAAGCUGCGUGGAGUUCAGCUACCCGGAGCUGCUGCUGUGCGGAGAACAACGGAAGAAGCUUGUUCAUACAGAAGACCCAUUUACUGAUGAGCAUAAGGAGAGGCAAGAAGUGGAAAUGUUGGCUAAGAAGUUUGAAAUGAAAUAUGGUGGGAAAGCCCGUAAACAUCGGAAGGAUCGGCUACAAGAUUUAAUUGAUAUAGGCUUUGGCUAUGAUGAGACAGAUCCAUUUAUUGAUAAUUCAGAGGCUUAUGACGAAUUAGUUCCUGCUUCUCUAACAACAAAAUAUGGAGGCUUCUAUAUCAACACUGGCACUCUGCAGUUUCGCCAAGCUUCAGAUACUGAAGAAGAUGAUAUUACAGAUAACCAAAAGCACAAGCCACCCAAGGUUCCCAAAAUAAAAGGAGAUGAUAUUGAAGUAAAGAAGCGGAAGCGGAACGAGGAAGGGGAAAAAGAGAAGAAGCCAAGGAAGAAAGUACCCAAACAGCUGGGAGUUGUGGCUCUCAAUUCACACAAGUCUGAAAAAAAGAAGAAACGCUAUAAAGAUUCCCUUUCUCUGGCUGCCAUGAUACGAAAAUUUCAAAAAGAGAAGGAUGCUUUGAAGAAGGAAUCUACUCCUAAAGUCCCAGUGACCCCAUGCACUUCCUCUCUGCCUAAGCCCCCUUGUGCCGCCACAGCCUUGGGGGAUGACAUCCCGGACUUAAGUCUGAACAGUGCUGAUCCAGAUCUCCCUAUUUUUGUUAGCACAAACGAACAUGAAUUGUUUCAGGAAGCUGAAAAUGCCCUAGAGAUGCUAGAUGAUUUUGACUUUGACAGAUUACUGGAUGCUACUUCUGACGGGAGUCCCCUCUCCGAGUCAGGGGGAGAAAAUGGAAACACCACCCAGCCCACCUUCGUCCCUCAGGUCACACCCAAGGUGGCACCUACACUUCCCGAUGGUCUGCCUUUGCUUCUUGAGAAACGCAUUGAGGACCUUCGUGUAGCUGCCAAACUUUUUGAUGAAGAAGGAAGGAAAAAAUUCUUUACACAGGAUAUGAAUAAUAUUCUUCUGGACAUCGAGUUACAGCUACAAGAAGUAGGCCCUGUCAUUCGUAGUGGCGUCUACUCCCAUCUUGAAGCUUUUGUGCCGUGCAAUAAGGAAACCCUGGUAAAGCGUCUAAAGAAGCUCCAUCUUAACGUUCAGGAUGAUCGUUUAAGAGAGCCUCUGCAGAAACUGAAGCUAGCUGUUAGCAGCGUCAUGCCUGAACAGCUGUUUAAAUACCAGGAGGACUGCCAGGCUCGCAGUCAAGCCAAGUGUGCCAAGUUGCAAGCCGAUGAAGAGCGGGAAAAAAAUGGAUCCGAUGAUGAUGAUGAUGAAAAACCAGGGAAACGAGUCAUAGGCCCACGAAAGAAAUUCCACUGGGAUGACACCAUUAGAACUUUGUUAUGUAACCUUGUUGAGAUCAAAUUGGGAUGCUAUGAAUUAGAGCCAAAUAAAAGCCAAUCUGCUGAGGAUUACCUUAAAUCCUUCAUGGAGACAGAGGUGAAGCCACUGUGGCCUAAGGGCUGGAUGCAGGCAAGAAUGCUUUUUAAGGAAAGCCGGAGUGUACAUAAUCAUCUUACUUCUGCUCCGGCAAAGAAAAAGGUGAUUCCUGCAUCAAAACCCAAAGUUAAGGGGGUGAUGGUAAAGACCCUUCUUGUCCGUUCUUUGCCCGCCGUGCUGCAGGAAUGUAGCCCAAAAAAAGACCCAAAAGCUCCUGCAUCCUUGGUGGCUUCCAUUGGUGGUCCUUCCACAAGCUCCAGCACACCCAUCAUUGCCUCAGCCAGCUCCAGCUCAACACCAGCUCAAGAAACCAUCUGCCUUGAUGACUCCCUGGAUGAAGACCUUUCUUUCCACUCCUCUUCACUGGAUCUUGUCUCUGAAGCUUUAGCUGUCAUCAACAAUGGCAACAAGGGCCCCUCAGUUGGCUCACGGCUGCAUGUGCCAACUACAAAACCUCGUCCAGGGCUAAGAGAAGAAAAACUAGCGAGCAUCAUGAGUAAGCUACCACUGGCUACUCCCAAAAAACUAGACUCUACUCAGACUGCACACUCAUCAAGUCUUAUUGCUGGUCACACAGGGCCAGUACCAAAGAAACCCCAGGAUUUAGCUCAUACUGGUAUUUCUUCAGGCCUUAUUGCUGGUUCUUCAAUUCAGAACCCUAAAGUUUCCUUAGAACCUUUGCCGGCCAGGCUCCUCCAGCAAGGACUGCAAAGGUCAAGCCAGAUACAUGCUUCUUCCUCUUCACAGACUCAUGUCUCCUCCUCCCAAACCCAAGCUGCUGCCUCCUCUCAUGCUCUGGGAGCAUCAGAGGCCCAAGAUGCUUCUUCGCUAACACAAGGAACAAAGGUGCACCAGCACUCAGCUGUCCAGCAGAACUAUGUGUCUCCAUUACAAGCCACCAUUAGUAAAUCACAGACCAACCCAGUGGUGAAAUUAAGUAAUAACCCCCAGCUUUCCUGUUCAUCCCAACUUCUCAAGACUUCAGAUAAGCCACUGAUGUACCGCCUCCCUUUGUCUACCCCAUCACCUGGAAAUGGUUCUCAGGGGCCCCACCCCCUGGUUUCUAGGACAGCACCGAGCACCACUACCUCCAGUAACUAUUUAGCCAAGGCUAUGGUGUCACAAAUCUCUACGCAGGGUUUCAAAUCUCCCUUCUCGAUGGCUGCAUCUCCCAAACUUGCUGCAUCUCCUAAACCUGCCACUUCUCCCAAACCUUUGCCCUCACCUAAACCUUCUGCCUCACCCAAACCCUCUCUGUCAGCUAAGCCUUCAGUAUCCACUAAACUUAUUUCUAAAUCCAACCCUACUCCCAAGCCUGCUAUAUGCCCAAGUUCUUCAAGUCCAACCACACUAGUAGCCCAGAGUAGCCACUCCCCAAGUAACAACCCUGUACAUAAACAGCCCAGUGGAGUGAACAUCAGCAGACAGUCGCCCACUCUAAAUUUGUUGCCCUCAAAUCGCACUUCUGGCCUUCCGACUACAAAAACUCUUCAAGGCCCUUCUAAACUAACAAACUCAUCAUCCACUGGAACUGUUGGGAAGAGCAGCUUGAGUGGAAUUCCAAUGAAUGUACCUGCCAGCAGAGGUAGCAACCUUAACUCAAGUGGAGCUAAUAGGACUAGUCUAUCUGGGGGAACAGGAAGUGGAACACAGGGUGCUACUAAACCGUUGUCUACUGCACAUAGACCAACCUCUGCCUCAGGGUCUUCAGUGGUAACAGCCAGUGUGCAGUCCACAGCAGGAGCAUCAUUAUUGGCUAAUGCCUCACCUCUGACUCUCAUGACAUCACCUUUGUCUGUAACAAAUCAAACUGUGACUCCUUUUGGGAUGCUGGGUGGCCUUGUUCCAGUGACCAUGCCCUUCCAGUUUCCCUUGGAGCUCCUUGGCUUUGGAACGGACACAGCUGGAGUGACAACCACCUCGGGAUCUACCUCAGCCGCUUUCCAUCAUAGCCUAACUCAGAAUUUACUAAAGAGUUUACAGCCAGGAACUCAGCAUGCAGCAACACUUUCCCAUUCACCUCUGCCUACACACGUACAGCAAGCGUUUAAUGAUGGAGGCCAAAGUAAAGGGGACACUAAAUUACCACGGAAACCUCAGUGACUUUCCAGCAAGCGAGAGAGGAAACACUUGGCUGGCUGACAGGACCUACUGAUGAGAAGUCUCAUGUGGUCACAGGGCUGCUGUUUAUGUCGAUGUUUACAUUCUCGUCCCAAGCACUGUGGUGAGGAGGAAAAGGAAAGACAAUGUUACUUGAGCAAAGCCAGGUGCAGGAGGAAGAAAUGCUUUUGUGCAGUUAGUGACCUUUGGUCUCUUAAAGUCAAAAUUGCCAUGUUGACCUACUUAAAAGAGACUCAGCUGUCAAACCCACAGAAGUAUCAAUUUUAUUUUGU